AUGGCGUCUGUGUAUAAAUCAAUAUCGAAAAAGAAGCAAGAGCGCCUCGUCGCCGACGAAGUGGACGAAGAUGAAGAUGUGGAUAUGAACGAUUUGAUUGAUGAAGAGACGAGUGACAGCGACGAUGAAGAUGAAGAGGAAGAUGGAAGUAAGGAGAAUGCUGUGAAUGACUCGAAUGGUCAGCAAACGAAUAAAAAUGAAGGGUUCAUGCCGAAGACUCGAGUAUUGAUGCUUACAUCUAGGGGUGUUACGCACCGACACCGAUAUUUACUUUCCGAUCUCUCUGCGCUACUUCCUCAUACACACAAGGAGAACAAGUUAGACACCAAGAAAAGUGGAGGAUAUAACAUGCUACUUAACUCACUCGCUGAACUACACUCUUGCAACGUCGUCUUCUUCCUCGAAGCCCGCAAACGCGGUCAGGAUCUAUACCUGUGGCUCUCGCGCCCACCCAAUGGUCCUACCAUCAAGUUUUCUGUCACAAACUUGCAUACCAUGGGCGAAAUGGGUACUGGGUUUGCGGGAAACUGUUUGAAAGGUGGUCGCGGCGUCGUCGUCUUUGACAAAUCCUUUGACGAAAAGGGCCCUGAAGCCGUCGGUCAGACCGGUACUGAGUACCGUGGACUUAUCAGGGAGAUGCUUCGCAAAGUGUUUUGUGUCCCUAAGCGUGGUGUCAAGGGCAUGAAGCCAUUCGUUGAUCGCAUUAUCGGUGUGUUUGGUGUUGAUGGCAAAAUCUGGAUCAGAGUCUAUGAAAUCCGGGAGUCGGAAGCAGGAGCCAAGAGCAAAGAGGAGCAGGCAGAUGGAGAAGGAAACAAAAAAUCAGCCAAGGGCUCAAAGACUAGUGGGCCGGAAGUCUCACUCGUCGAAAUUGGUCCCCGUUUUGUCCUCACUCCCAUCGUCAUUCUAGAGGGUAGUUUUGGUGGGCCCGUCAUCUACGAGAAUAAGGAGUACGUGAGCCCGAACCAAGUCCGUCGCGAUAUACGUCUUGAGAAGGCCAGUCGAUAUGCGCAAAGGCGCGACGUCCAGACCGAUCACGAGGUCAAGAAAUCAGCCUUGGGUCUCGGAAAGGAAAGCAGAAAAAGAGAUGCUUUAGAUACUAGGGAAGUGUUUGGCUAA